GCAAUUUCAAAUAUCAAGUCGUAUGUCUGGUUUGAUGGUUUCUGCUGGUGAUUUUGGUUAUAUACCAUCGGUGGUUUUUGUGAGCUAUUUUGGUAGCAAGGGAAAUCGUGCCAGAUGGAUUGGUGCUGGUACUUUAAUGAUUGCAUUUGCUAAUAUUCUUAUUAGCAUGUCUAAUUUCCUUUUUCCAGUGCAAAUUACUCAACUUAAUUCAACAUUUAUUGAAUCAAACUUAAUAUCUGAUCGGAAUUAUUUGGAUGAUAAUAUAAAAUCCAAUACAUUUUUAAAUUAUGCAAAAACAUUUUCUGAUGCUAAAUCAUUUCCGUUAGAACAAACUUUAAAAAUGCAUGCGCUAAAUGCAACAUUGCGCCAAUUUGCUGAUGAAAAACUUUCAUCAUGCAAUCAUUAUCAAAAUAAUUCCAAUCAAUUAUGCGCAAUAUUUUUUAGUUUCAUGCAACAAUUAAAUCAACCGAAUGUGACAGAAAUUUCAAAUUUACGCAUUUUGAUUGGUUCACCAUUUUCAUUUUGUAAUACGAUGUUUAAUACACUUCGACGGGAAAUGAAUAAGAUUCGUUGUUCAAAUGAAUUAUCAAAUCUUGGACCAUUUAUUAUGAUAUUUGCUGGUUUACUCAUUCUUGGUAUUGGCCGAACAAUGCCUUAUUCACUUGGCCUUCCAUUAAUUGAUGAUAAUGUGAAACGACAAAAUUUACCACUUUAUUUCGCUGGUAUGUUUUUUAUUCGUAUUCUUGGCCCAUUUCUUGGCUUUUUAAUUGGUAGCAUUGUUAACAAUUACUAUUAUAGUUUUGAUGUGCCAGCUGGAUUAACAUCACGUGAUCCAUCCUGGAUUGGUCGUUGGUGGGCAGGCUUUUUAGGUAUUGGUAUUGCAAUGCUUUGUCCAUCAUUAGCUUUAUACCUAUAUCCAACGUGUAUCAAUUAUAAUCCUAAUGAUAUGGAAAAAGAACAUUACAGUGUUGCGAAAAAUAAUUUGGAUGAUCAUACAACUUCUGAAAUACAUUCAUUGGUUAAUGAAAGAUAUGUAGUUGAGAAAAAAAUGCGGAAUAAAAAUUUGGCGUUAAUUGAUCGACAUGCGACAAGAAAUGAAACUGGUGAUACUGUCAUGCCAACUUCUACAAAAGCACAAAUUACUGCAAUACAAUUUGGUUUACCACAAAAUAAAAUUAAUCUUUUUUUAGGAUUAAUAAGUUUGCCAGGACUUGCUGUUGGUCUAUUAAUUGGUGGUGUAAUUAUGAGAAAAUUUAAAUUACAAGGUCGAAAAGCAGUAGCAUAUAUUCUUAUAUGUUCAUCAAUUGCUGCUUUAUUUUCACUUCAAAAUGCGAUGAUUGGUUGUAAAUCAGUGCUUAGUUUAAUUGGUGAUAAGGCUAAAUUAAUUAAUCGAAAUUUUACAACAACAUGUAAUAAUGAUUGCAAUUGUAUUGGUAUGCCAUUAUAUCCGGUUUGUAAUCAGGAAGGUGAAGCAUUUUAUUCACCUUGUCAUGCUGGUUGUUCCUUAGAUCAAACUUUUUCCAAUCCAUCAAUUAACAAAAUCUUCCAAAAUUGUAGCUGUUCUAAUAGCACCAAUAAUAAUGUAUCACGUGAUUUUUGUGAUCAAAGCAUUUGUGAACAAAAAUUUGCUUGGUAUUUUCUAAAUUUAGCAUUCUCAGGUAUCUUUGGUGGAAUGAGUAUUAUUCCAUCAGUGUUAAUUGUUCUCAGAUCUGUACCACCAAUGGAUCGAAGCAUUUCUCUUGGUUUUCAAGGAUUUUUUGUUAGCUUAAUUGCAACAUUACCAUCAUCCGUUUUUUGGGGUUGGAUUAUUGAUAAAACAUGUAUCAUGUGGAAUACUGUAUGUGGAAAGGGAUUACGUGGUGCUUGUGAAUUAUAUGAUACUGAUAAAUUACGACUUAUGACUCAUUUAACUUACGGUGCAAUACGAUUAGUAUCAGCAAUUCCUGAUAUUGCUGUUUUUUAUUUCGCAAAAGAUCUCUUAUUAACUGAUCAUGAACGAAAUGGAUAA